ACUAGUUAGCCCACUGCUAUCUAAUCUGUAAAUGGACCAAAGUCUCCAAAGUGUAACAUAACAGCUUCUAGAGCUUCAAAUUAAAACAAUCUAUUCAUACGUAGGAUACCGUAACACACCCUGACACUAAAGGAAAUAAAAAACACCGCAGCAGUAUCACAUCAAAGUUCUGGUAAACCAGGUGAUUAUACUCAGAAUGGCUGCAUCAGUUUAUUUAGUUGGAGUGGUGUUCCUGGGGGCUCUUACCUAUCUUACUAUAAAAUUGGUGAUUGCAUUCAAGAGUCUUAUUAAAAGAAACAGUUACUUCAAGCAGUUUCCACAAAACCCUUCCAAUUUUUUUGUUGGUCACCUGUUUGAGUAUCCAGGCCCAGAUGAACGAGGUUUGGCCUUUCAAAGGGACAUGACAGGCAGACAUCCAAGAUGCUCUGUUGUAUGGAUGCUUCAAACUCCCAUGCUUAUUGUUAGUCAUCCAGACACAGUCAAGGUGAUUCUCAAGUCUUCAGAACCUAAAAGCACACGUGUGUAUAAUUUUAUUCGGCCUUGGAUUGGGGAUGGGCUUCUGACCAGUAGAGGAGAGAAAUGGGCAAGAAACAGGCGACUUCUGACUCCUGCAUUUCAUUUUGAGAUUCUCAAAAACUAUGUGGAGUUGAAAAAUAGGAGUGCUGAUCAGUUGCUGCUGAAGUUUCAACAGUGCGCAGAUACUGGGCAACCUCUUCAAGUCUUCGCCAACAUCACAAUGUUUACACUUGAUGUGAUUUUAAAGUGUGCCAUGUCUUAUGAAACAAAUUGCCAGUCCCAAGGAGAGAAACAUCCAUAUGUCCAAGCAGUAAAUCAGUUGUCAGAAUUGAUGGUAGCCAGAUUUUUUCAGCCAUGGUUGCACUCUGAUUGGUUGUAUUUUCUGACCCCCUCUGGCAGGAAGUUCAAAAAACAUUGUGACUUUGUGCACAGAGUAGCAGAAGACAUAAUUAACAAAAGGAAGGAAUCCAUUAAAAGUGAAGGCUUGCCAAAUACCAAUAGAAGCAACCGUAAGUGUCUUGACUUUUUGGACAUUUUGCUAACAGCUAGAGAUGAAAAUGGUCAAGGAUUGUCAGAUGCUGAAAUACGAGAUGAAGUUGACACCUUCUUAUUUGAAGGUCAUGACACUACUGCCAGCGCCAUCUCUUGGGCGUUGUACUCCAUUGCCGAGCAUGAAGAUGUACAAAGACGUAUCAAAGAGGAACUUGAAGAACUGAUGGCAACCAAAGACUCUACAGAUAUCUUGUGGGAUGAUCUUCCGAGGCUUCCAUACCUGACAAUGGUCAUCAAGGAGGCAAUGCGUCUCCACUCACCUGUCCCAUUUAUACAGCGGGAACUCACAGUGGACACAGAAAUAGACGGAAGGAUAGCCCCUGCUGGGACAAUGGUCAGCAUAGUAUUAUACAAUUGUCACCACAACCCGACAGUGUGGGAAGAUUCUCUGAGGUUUGACCCUGAUAGAUUCCUCCCUGAGAACUCAAAGGAUAGAAAUUCGUAUGCCUUUGUGCCUUUCUCAGCAGGUCCAAGAAAUUGCAUUGGUCAGAAUUUUGCCAUGGAUGAAAUAAAAAUUGUGCUAGCUCGGAUUUUAUCAAAAUUCAACAUUCGUCUUGAUCCAAAUCACAAGGUGGCAAAGUCAGAGAGUAUAGUCAUGAGAGCAGAAAAUGACAUUCAACUAUUGGUGUCAGAUUGAGGCUACACCACUGAGCACAAAACUUUAUGCUGGAGACCUUUGCAAUCUUCAAUUAGAUUUAUCAUGGAAUAUAAAACCUGAUCAUCACACAUCAGUAAUAGUUUGAUAACUGUAUAUUGAAAACUUGUAUAAUUCACAGAUCUAGUUUGUUUGCACUAAAAUAUUUGACCUGGGAAAUAUAUAAAUUUUUGACGCGUAGGACGUAAUCAUCUUAUUUUUUUAAAGUAAGGUCUGUAUUUUAUAAGAUAAGAAGAAGAUAAUAUUCUUGUGAAAAUAUUUCUCUAUUUCAGCAUUGAUUUUUAAUAGAUGUAUGAAAAAAUUAUACAUUUCUUCAAGGUUUAUAAUACAAAAUACUUGUAUAUGUCAUUUUUCAGAAAUGUUUUGUAUCAAUAUGUUUAAACAUUUGUUGAUGAACAGCAUUGU